GAGAUGGCUGGGCCAUGUCCUACGCAUGAGCAAAAGAUGACUCCCCCAACAUGGCACUGGAAAACGAAAGAGGGGAAGACCACUGGGAACAUGGAGGAGAGAGAUGGAAGAAGAAGUGCAAGCUGCUGGCAAGACUUGGCAUGAACACAAGUGGCUCGCCCAGGACAGAGUGGAAUGGCAGGGAUUUGUUGCUGCCCUAUAGUCCACAGGGAGUGAUGAGGAUUAAAGAAAGCAGACACAGAUCCAGUGUUGGAAGAGGAAGUAUUUUACAUAAAAGAAAAAAAAACAGAUGUCAAAGCAGGUAUUGGCUGGUGCAGAAACAGCAUGAAAGGAUUUUUGUAUCUUUCCUGGACUGAUGACUUUCAUUCAACCUGAUCAUUUUUUAAUUUGCAUCAACUAAAACAUGUUAUAUAAAUCACUUUGUUGUACUCACACCUUAAACUUAAACCCAUUAU